AUGUCAAGACAACACGUCAAAGUAAGUUUAUUAGAAAUCAAAGGAGGGAGAAUAAGGGAAGAUAUUACCAUAGGGACCAGAUCGGAGCACCAUUCUCCAAAAAACAACAUGGAUGUGGUGGUGAAGAGAGAGGAGACGAGGCGUGAGGCCAGUGACGGCGAAUGGCCCACGGCUGGCGGCGGCGUCUCCAUGAGGGCCGGCCUGCUCCUUCACCCUCCGGCUUCCUACCUCUUUCCUGUAGCCUCAGCCAUGGCAACGGCCGAAAGUUGCUUGUCCUCAUCGCCCCCUCUCCCAUGCUCCUUCACCUCAACACCGGACUCUGCUAACCUGCGCCCGAUCUGGAACCAGGCGCCGCCGACGGCAACAUAUACAACGGAUAGAAGGAACGCGAGGUGGAAGGGCAGCGUGGUGGAGAAGCAGCAGCAGUGGUGGAGUAGGAGUAGCAGGCGGCGGCGAGGAUCCAUGAGGCAGGAGAGGCUAUGGGGAUCGAGGGGAAUAGCGGCUAGGGUUCGUGCGGCUGCUGGUGCGGGAGUGGGACCGAGGCAAAGAUAG